UAUGAUACCGAUGGGUUCACCUUCUGGAAGCCGCCGAAAGCGCCGGGGAUACCCGUGGAGGUUAUGGUAGCUCCACAUAAGCUGUCGGAUUUUGAGGAUUUAAGAAUCUCAGCUAACUUAACAAACGUCAAAAUCAUCAUCUCGGACGUCCAGGAACUGAUCGACAUGUCGACGCCUCAGAACCAGUCGAGCUCCUUCGACUUCAUCAGCUAUCAUACCCUCGAAGAGAUUUACAAGAACAUGGACGACCUGGCCGAUAAAUAUCCCGACAAGGUGCAGGUUAUUGAGGCAGGUACGACAUACGAAAACCGGAAGAUCAAGGGAAUGAAGAUAUCCUUCAAGCCGUACAACCCCGGUGUGUUUAUUGAGGGUGGCAUUUAUGCCAGGGAAUGGAUUACGUCAGCCCUCGUCAUGUACAUGGCGCAUCAAAUUCUGACCAGUGUGGAUCCGGAUAUCAGAGACAUGGCCGAGAGCUACGACUGGUACAUCUUCCCCUCGUUCAACCCAGACGGAUACGUGUAUACGCAUACCACGGAUCGAAUGUGGAUGAAGACCCUUAGGCCGUAUAAUAUUUGUCUGGGUAGUAACCCAAACAGAAAUUGGAGCUACACAUGGAACUACAGAUUCCAGUCUCCGAACCGAUGCACCGAUACAUUUCCCGGAAUUCAUCCGUUCUCUGAAGUGGAAACUAGCAGCAUGGCUUCAUACAUCUUCACGAUCCGCAACAAAUUCUUUGCUUACUUCUCGUUCCAGACUUAUUCGGGAAGUUUGAUUUACAAUCAAGGCGAGAUAAAUGAAACAUAUUACUUGUUCCUUUCAGAUGUAACUACCGGAGAUACUGUGAAUUAUAUCAAGCACAAGUUUCAGAAGAACCUUGUUUUUACUUACCAAUUAAGCGACGAGCGUGAGUACGGCUUCCUAUACCCCCCCAAGGAAAUCAUUCCGAUGGGAGAGGGAGUUUUGCACUCGGUAAAGGCUAUGUUAAAAGUGGCGGAGUAUUAUAAUCUCAUACCAAGCGUAGAAGCGGACAGUGAUAGUCUUGUACCACAUUUGGUUACUACACAGUAAAAAACAUUAUGUAUUUGUGUUCGAUCUAUGUUAAAAUUUUUGUUAUAAUUUUUAACAUAUCUUAACACAUUCGCAACCGGCGGUUUUGAGGCGAAACCCUUAACUGAGCAUGUUAAGCAAGUAUUGUUUAAUAUUUUGUACUUAUAAUUGAAUGUGCACAACUCAAAUUUAUAUAGCACUGUGUUCAGUAUUCAAAAAUAUUCAUAAUAGUAUGUUAAUACCACUCGGAUAUAUUCAUAUGCAAUCGCUCGUUUUUACGAUAAAGUGUCACUUAUCGAUUUAAAUACGGUCGGUCAUUCAUGCUUUCGUUAUCUAAAUUAACAGUUUUCGCGGACUAAAAAAAGAGUGAAAUAUUUUUGUAAGGAUACAAUUUAACUAUGCAUUAGUUUUUUAACUCCUAAGAAGAUGCACGAGAAGGCAAUUAGGCG